GCAUAUCGUUAAGCUACGCGCUCUUUGUCUGACGGUGGCAACGAAGUCAAACCAGUGGCUGAAAUUUUUAUCUCGCUGUUCGAGCAAGAACUGUUUGGGAGUUGAAGAUUUCUAUUGGAGGGCUUUGCGAGGAAACAACAUAAGAAAGUUUACAGCUCAGGAAGGAUAAUUUUUCUCUUGAAUACAAGAGAUCUCUAAAGACAACCCUGAUCUAUAUUGACCGCUCGUGGCAGCUUAAAAGGAAACCUUGAAUGAAUUUGAUAGUGAACCAUAUCGUGCAGGGCCUGUUGUUACAGGAAGACAAGACACGGACGCUUGGAUUGUGACUCAAGUCAAGAGCUGUCAUUUGGGAGAUCGCCAGUGACUUCGCUUGAGGAUUCACGCAAGAUGAACGCUUCUCUGGUCGCUUUUGCUGUGCUUCUAUGCCUCAGUCGUUGUUUGGCGUUUGACUGUCCGAAACAGUGCAGUUGUGGGGAGACGAUCCGGUGCAAAGUGAAAGACUUGAGAAUCUUAAAGAAGAUUUUACCUACCAAUAUAACGCGACUUGAUCUCUCGUCAGAUGACAUCACAAAGAUUCCUCCAGGAACAUUUGAAAACUUUACUUCGCUGCGAUACCUAUCUCUCGCAAACAAUUCUAUCAGAUAUCUUUCGAGACAUUCCUUCAGAGGACUUCGCAAUCUUCGAGAAUUAAAUCUGAAGGACAACGGGCAGCUGAUUAUAGACAAAGACGUGUUCGAAAGUCUUCCAUCUCUGCAAAUCAUCGGCGUGGAUAGCAAAAAUCUUCAAAAUCUGUCCGAGGAAUUUCGUAACAGGUCACACUCAGUCAACGUAACCAUCGAUAUAAAACAGGAAAAAGUCCAUUGCGAGAUCUACAAAAAGCCUACAGACGAGUGUAUGGCAAAUGAUUACCCCGUCUGCAAUGACGCUAUGGACAUCAGAGAAGAUGUCAUGAAGCUCUCUCCAUUUCCUAAACAUUCGUGCGUACUUGCAAGAUGCGAGAACAAACAGAAGAAGAUCAAAGUCAUUUGUGUAGCUUCUAAAACAAAUAACACAUGUUGGCCAGGGAUGAUUGGUGAAAACACUGGAGUAAAAUUGGCGUUAUGGACUUUCGGUCUUCUCGCAGUCGCCUCCAAUCUCCUCGUUUUGGGUACCUUGUUAUGCAACAGCGAAGUUCGCCGUGCACCUCUUUGUAUUUUCGUCAUGAAUUUACUGCUGGGGAACAUCCUUAUUGGUGCGCACAUUGUCAUAGUAACGGUAUCUGAUACGGUUACAUACGAGAACUCGUCCGAGUGCCAUAAAGAACGAUGGGAAGCCAAGCUUUGUGUGCCGCUGUUCAUCGUCAAGUACAUCGGGCUCAUAGUUAUUGUGCUUUCUCUUUUGCUGGUCACAGUGGAGAGAUUUCUCGUUGUCAUAAUCAAAUCUGCUCAUUAUAUUGAUACUUGCCGAGCUGUGGGCUAUGUGUUCGAGAGUUGGAUAUUUGCAACCAUAGCCACAGUUGUUCUGUGGACUAAAGCGGGAAACUGGGGCUAUCUUUGCUCUACAUUUGCCACUGGAAAAUCCUUCACAGACAUAAACAGAGGAAUAAAUUUGACGCUUGUUAGUAUUUGCGUGGUACUUAUAUUCCUUCAUAUUUUUAUGAUUUGCCGAGCACCACGUAGAGAUCCUGUACUAUCAGCGACAACGGAUUAUAAAAACACUGUUCGCAUGUUCCUUCUUGUAUUAUCGACGUUUUUCGCCUGGGCAGUUCCGUACACGCUUAUUCUCUUCACAGUUCCUGCAAUAUUAACUGAAACAGUAGCUAUGCAAAGUAUGGCUAUUUCGCUUUCUUUAAACGCUUGCCUUCAUACAUUCCUGUAUUCAUUUGAUAACGAUCAUUUGGAAAAUCUGUACCGCGCUUUGUCCUGCCGAAAAGAACAGAAAGAGGACGAGUUGGAAGCAGAUGAUAGUAAAGACAGAAAACGUGAUACAGAAAUGGGCCCUUUACCUUCAAAGAAAUCGCUAGAAUCUUUAUCCGUGGUAGAAGUUAAAAGCCCCAUCAACAAAGAAGCUUGUGUAAAAGUAUUACCUGUUACUGAAAUUAGACAAGAACCGGAGCAGCAAAGAAGAGGCUUUGAAUUCUCCAAGGCCGAAGGCGCAGUGAUAAUUACGAAUAAAUCUCCUACAAACUCUCGUCACGAAGAAGCUGUUGUUCUGUUACACUCAGCUCCGUCGUCUCCAAGCACUUUGACGAGGGUCGGCCGAGUGCAAGACGAAGGAGUGAGUGAUUGCGGUACGAUAUCCUCCGACACCAAUGUAACUUGGCUGAGCAGCGAAUGCCCCAGCAUGUCUCCAAGUUCACCAAAUGCACUUCUGAAAAUCAACGACGGAAACUCGACACUGUCGAGCGAUAUUUCAUCAAUUACUCCGUGCCUUCAACAUCCAAAGAAAAAAGGCAAUUCUAUGGAAAAAGACGCGAAAAGACAUCGUCUUUCUAAAGGAUGCGCGGGUUCUUCAUUGGACCAAUGCGAUGGCGACGACGUUAAAGGUGAAUCAACAAGAGAUGAAAAUCAAAACACGAAGAGAGAUCGACGAAUGAGCCCAGUGCGUGAUAUUAUUGUUCGUGUUCUAUCGCCUAAGCUGAAAAAGAGGCCGAAGACUCUCGAAUGCGUUCCGACGCACGACGAUUCCAAAACCGAGUUGCCGCCUCCUCACAAACGGACUAAAUCGCUCUUAGAAGGGAAAGAUGUCGAAGAUUUGAACGCUAGCGAUGGCAACAGGAGUCCAUUGAGACCUCUUUCACCUGUGCGUUUCCGGGACAAAAAGCCUAAAGAGCGUUCGAAAGAAAAACGCAACGGUGUUUUGGUGUUUCGCGCCGGAUCGGAUGGUUUAGAAAUUCAUGAAGAUGUUACAUCACCAACGUCUUCAAGGUCCACAAUGUGUGGAGAGAAAACUAAACAAGAUGGACCCAACUCUCCUAAAUCUGCAAAUAAAGCGACGGACUGGGAGCGGCUAGCGACGUUUUUAGUCAUUAAACCAGUUGCCCCGAAAUCAAAAAUAAAGAUAAGCGACAAAGAAAAAAAGAAAGCUGGUAAUAGUCACACAGAUACUUCAUCAAAACCUGCAGAAAGGAUAAGGAUUUACGAGAAUCCUGCGAUCAGCUUGGAGAGUGAAUCUGGCUCACCAGCUUAUGAGCCCCGAUGUACUUCUCCUCAGUCUCCCACUAGAAGGUUGGCCAAACUUGAGGAGGGCGAUAAACUCACGGACCUUCCAACAGGACUAAAGCAGAAAAAUCGAAUCAGCACCGCUUCCACGGUAUCGCGGGUAUCUAAGUCAAGUUUAGAAUGGGAUCCAUCUUGCGCUUACGAGUAUGGUGAUGAAGAAGUCAUGCCUCCGCCGCCACCCCCACCCCCUCAGCCUAUACCCGACCUACCCCCCACACCCCAACCGAGUCCUGGGCCUGAGAGAAAAGCGGACUCCGCUGACCAUGUGGAGUGCGUCCAAGUGAGACUUGACCCAGCUCAUCGAUACAGCCUUGAGUGGGAUCCGACUGGCGUUCAAAUGAGGCUGAGUGUUAUUUCUCAAGAUUCAAAUGCAGAGGGGAAGAAAAGUGCCCCUUCACGACAGAAAACAGAACCAGAAUACGUUUAAGAAGUGCUCAUCGUGUGCAGAAGCCGGGCAAGUAACAAUCUAUCGAACUGUACACGUGAUAGAUUUAAAAUUGUGAUUCAUCAAUCAUUUUCGCUCGCGAACGGUUGACCGUGUUUAUCCUAGCUCAAACUAGGGAGUAUCCGGUGAUAUACCCCGAGUGAUAUUCCCUAAUUUGCAAACCUUACGUCCACCACGAUAAAAGUCUUCAUUCAAGAUGAAAGCGUGUAGCUGUUGUCACAUAAGAAAGGACAUGCGUUUUCGUUCACAAAGUCGAACGAGAGAACUCUCAGAAGUAGACAUCCCACACGCAGCAAACAGUAAGCUAUCCGUUAACAUUUUUUUCCAGUGUGUUGCGAAAAUGUUUGAUGGAUAAUAGUCACAUUAGGCUUCAUUUGGCGCGAAAAGAUGCUCGUGCAUUUUUCUUUGGACAUUAAACAAACUGUUCGCAUCUCGGAAGAGAUGAUGUCCUCGGACAAAAACCCGAACAUAUUUUCGCCGUAAAUGGAAGCUAUUGUUUACAUAAACGCGCAUUCGGUUAGAAUUCAUCCAAAUUAUAAGUUAUAUUUAUAUCAAAAGUGUUUCUAGAGGACACGAAGUAAACAACAUAAAUUCUUAGCCAAGCGACGUUCAAAGUAUCGUUUAUCUCGUAGUAUAGUAGCGUUUAUCUCGAAUACUUGUUUUUGUAGUUAUUUGCGAAAAAAGGUUGAAGUUUUACGUUUUCGAUUGGUGCUUCAAUCCUCUACAAAUACUAAACAAAAAACCCCUCCUUUAAUAAAAUGGAUGCGACAACUUCAAAAUUUUCCCCCUGCUAACAUUGCUGAGGGGGAGAGAAGGGAAUAGGGAAUCAAGAAGGCGAGUGAGGUUGUUUAAAAUUUGCAUUUAUUCAAAAUAUGUACAUUUAGAGCCAGCGUUCAAGCAAUUUUGUCGAAGUUUGGAUAAUUUAUUCGAGUUGAAAAAAACAUAAAACGACAAACAACCGCAUUUCUCUAAGAGAAGUAUUUGUUCGAUUCAUUUGAAUCGCCUUUUAAUUUGAACGUUUUCAAAAUUAAAUGGUAUCUGUUAAGAUACAUUUUUAAGUAUUUGGAAUUUCCAGACAUUUUAGGUUCACUCAUUAAUAAAUUUAUCAUUUCGGUCGUAUUAACGAGUUGUGCGCACCAAUUAUAUAAUUCAUAACUUUAAAACAAUAGCUUGGUUUUAACGAGCUACUAAGUAGUGGAGAAAUUUCCAAAACUAACAGAUUACACGACAGUGUAACUAGACAAGUUUUUCUUUAAGGAAACGCUUCAACACUUCGUCUACACUGAAAGUUCUGACUCGAUGAGUAGUAGAGUUAAAAGACUUGUUUUGUAUUCGAAGAUGAUUGAAAGAACUUAUGAACAAUUUAACCAAGCAACCCAAAGUCUACUCGGUCAACAGCUGAGAAAGACAAAAAACUCCAAGUUGGCUUUCGAAUCCUUUAUAGGAAAGGAAAACGAAGACUUCGUUCACUUGAACUAGACUUCUCUCGUAUUUCUGGCUCAACACGAAGUAUACCAGCAAUCACAUAGACUUCUAUAUCGUAAAUUUUCUUAUUUCCAUCCGUAGCGAACAUACGUGUUAUGAGUAGGUAGUGACAAGCGCACUGACCGCAUUUCGUUUGAAAUAUUUUGUAAGUUAUACUUUAAGUUAUUACGAAAGAGCGUGUUGUAUAUAUAUAAAAGUAACAACUUUAAGACUAAGUAUUGAGUAAUAUAUGAACUGGAAUUGUCUAGGAUAAAUAUUUAUGCAACGAAGUUUAAAAGUAAAAACCAUUGUAAAACAUUCA